UUUGAUUCUCAUCAAAGACUUCACUUUUGUUCUUUGUCGCUUCAAUUCAACGCUUAUUCCUAAAUUCGAUUUUGCGUUGUCAAAUUCCUUAAAUUUCGUUACAAAGGUUUGAUAUUUCCGAUGAGAUCUCCAGCAAAGACGAUGCCGUCGAUGUCACCUUCUUCAGUUUCCACGGAGAAAUCUCCACCUCCGUCAGAUACUUCAAUGGCUAUAGUAGCUUUCGAUAACUCCACUACUCACUUCUCUUCUUCUCCAUCGCCGCCACAUUCUCUUGAUCAUUCCAGUGAAUCGGAGAAGGAAGAUGCGAAAAGUAAACCCGAGAGUAGAAGAAACAAGAAUCCUGGAAAGGUUGAGGAAACUCCAUCUCCGAUUGUGGUGGUUCAUAAUCACAAUCGCUCUGUGAAAGAAGUGGUUCCGACGAGAAAGAGUGCGAGAGUUGGUUCUGGGAGAAGUAGUGGCCAACGAUCUGGAGCUGUUUCGGCUAUUUUGAGAAGGUCUAGGAGAGAAGAGGUGGUAAAGUUUUCAGCUUUAGGGUUUCGGUUGAGUGAGGUUGUGUUGGCUUUGAUAUCUUUCUCAAUUAUGGCUGCUGAUAAAACUAAAGGUUGGAGUGGUGAUUCUUUCGAUCGUUACAAGGAGUACAGGUUUUGCCUGUCUGUGAACGUGGUUGCUUUUGUAUAUUCUAGUUUUCAAGCAUGUGACUUAGCGUACCAUCUUGUCAAAGAGAAGCAUUUGAUCAGCCACCACCUUCGACCUCUGUUUGAGUUCAUUAUAGAUCAGGCAAGUCAUUAACACUUAUGCUGUACUCUCGAUGGUAUUCCUUUGUUACUUUCGUUCUUGUAUGAAGUAUGAUCUACGUGGUUGCAUCUAGGUGAUGAGAAAAACUUGGCUAUAGAUAAUUCCUGAUACUUUGACUUGCACCAUCUGCUGGUACUUGCAUAUCUGCUUAUGUCUGCCUCAACAGCAGCAGUCACUCGCGUUGAUGAUUGGGUUUCAAACUGGGGAAAAGACGAGUUCACAGAGAUGGCAAGUGCCUCGAUUGCUAUGUCCUUCCUGGCCUUCCUUGCCUUUGCUUUCAGUUCCCUCAUUUCAGGCUAUAACCUAUUUAACCAAGGCUCUCUCUGAUCCUCCCACCUUUUUGUAUAGGUCCACACUCCUUGUGUGAUGUAUAAUAAAAAUGAUCAAUAUAUCUUAGCAUUGUAAUUAUUAUACUAUUUUUGUAGCCUAUAUAAAGGUUUCCAAAAACUAUGAGGUUAAUAAGAGAGGCAUAUCCUGUUGUCAAAAGGGUCUUUAUAGCCAACUAAAUAAAGACUCUGACAGAGCAAAAGGCAACAACUUUUCAGCUCUUGAGCCAU